AUGGAGCCCGCCCCAAUUCCCAGGACUUUUCAGUUUCCACCGCUUCCCGCAUCUCCCGCCGGAGAUCCGCCUGCGCGUCUGGUCGCUGUUGCCCUCGCCCCGCACCCUGACCGUGGCCUGCCAGCCAGGCGUCAAUCUCAUGCUGCUCCGCUACGCCUAAAAGACGUCGGCAGACGUGAUGCGCUACGUGUAGUUCGAGGUGGUGACCCUCAAGCCAAUGAUCACUUCUACCUGGCUAUACUGCAGCGCAUGCCGCGAGUGCGCGAUUUGGCAUUGACCCUGGCCGACAUGCUCUUGGACCCACGCCGGGAAAACGGGCAGCGUUAUCUCGACAUGCGGCAAGCGGAUUUGCAGAAAAUGACCGAGUCGAACCCAGAGUGGACGCGUUCUUAUGUGAAACCAGGCGACAAGAGCAAUCCUUAG